GCGUUGCAGUCUUAAGAUACACGGAGAUCAUCAGGUUGGGUCAGGUUGAUUUAACUUCUCCGGGCGAGUCCGUGGACUAGGAUGAGAUGCACGGGAAAGUAAAUCUUUUUGUGGUUAGACUGAUUCUGGGUUCCCUGUUGGUUUUUGCUCUUUUGAGUUUCUGUUUCAUGACUGUCGUCCUUCUAACCCGAAUCUGAGUUACCGGGGGAAGUAGUAACAAUUGCACUUUAAUUAAAGAUGCAUUUUUCACAUGAUCAGAGAGGCAACAGAUGGGCAGUGCUUACAUGAUACUGUAAGUGAUGAGCAAGCCAACUAGUUCUCCGGGUUGUGCAAGUCCAGCGGAUGUGGUUGCUUGUUCAGUGUGAAUGUGUCCUUUGAACACACCCAUAAGUCGAGACCUCCAGGGCAAAAUAACUGAUAUUUCAGGACGAUGAAAUCCAAUUGCUAAGUGGGGAGGUGAAAAUAAAUUGCGAAGAAAAUUUAGGAGACUAUUGAGAUAGGCGUAUUGGAAAGGGAAAAUACAUUGCACACUAAACCCUUUUCCUCCCCUUGAAGAACAUUUGGAUAGAAAACUGCCCUCAGUUAAAUGAAAGAGCUGGGAACCUUUGAUAGGAAUACUAACGGGGAUUCUGCAAAAGCCUGAUGCUGCUCCUUCUGGUGCUGUCUCUGGCCUUCAUGCACAGUGCUGUCUACGGAAGCAUUUCCUGCUACGAUGACUCUGGGCAGCCUGUGGACUGGUUCAUUGUUUACAAGCUGCCCAAGUCCCAUCACAGCCCCGCAGUAGAGGGCAUGCGGUACAUGUAUCAAGAUGGAGGUACCCAGGGCUGGGUGCAAGGGAGGAGCCUGAUGAACAGUACUGAGGGAGCUGUGGGCAGAACAUUGAAUCAGCUGUACCUGGAGGCAGCAAACAGGCAGAGGGAGGAAGAGAUGGCCUAUGUCCUGUACAAUGAUGAGCCUCCAACCAAGAAUUCCUCUGGUUCUAAGGGUCAUACGAAAGGGGUCAUCGUCCUGGACAGAACUCAAGGAUUCUGGCUCCUUCACAGCACGCCUCACUUUCCUCCCAGGCUAGAUGAGAAGGAGUAUGCCUGGCCCCACACUGCACUGACUUAUGGACAGAGUUUUCUGUGUGUCACCUACCCCUAUAGCCAGUUCAAAGCCAUAGGGAAUCAGUUGCUCUUCACAGAGCCUGAUGUCUAUGAUUACCGUGUGCAAGGGGCCUUUGCCCAGGAUCUGCCUGCUUUGUUGAAUGCUUCUGAGGGACAACACGUAGAGGAGCAGCCAUGGAACUCCAGGGUGAUUCUGACAUCAUUGGGGGGGAAGGAAUUUGUCAGCUUUGCAAAAUUCCGCUUCUUUGGUGAUGAUCUGUACUCUGGCUGGUUGGCCCAGGCUCUUGCCACUGAUCUCUAUGUUGAGUUCUGGCUCAAAUCCCGAGGGAUUCUGGCAUCCAACUGUUCUGGUCAGUUCAGAGUCUACAAUGUGGAGAAACUGGCAUUCCAGGACCCAGCUGCCACCUUCUUUUCCACAAUGGACCAUUCCAAGUGGUGUGUUGGGACAGAGAGUGAUUCGGGGUGGGCCUGUGUUGGAGACAUGAAUCGUAAUCUUGCAGAGGAACACCGUGGGGGUGGUACCAUCUGUUGCCAUGAUUUUGCUAUUUGGAAAAGCUUCCACUCCUUGGUACAGAACUAUACUGCUUGUGAUACAACAGGAUAUGGACUCAAAAUACUGUCUGAAGAUUCUCAGUGAUAUUAAGGGAGCAGAAUUCAAUUCAUUGGGAAAGAUGACUAGGGAUGAUUCCAAGGAGUAAUAGUGCCCGUGCCUCCCUUGUUCACAUCAUAUUAACUCCCUACAUGGAAUAAUGUAGGGAGUUGGGCUGCUGCUUUGCUCCACUGAUUUUUCUGAAAGUUAAUUUCCAGGAAAAGUUCCUCUAUGUUUCAGACUUCUCCCAUCACUAUUUUUUCCUGUUAUAUAGUAGCACUGCCAGGGUACCAUGAGCUAUAUGGAAAAAUACAGAAGGAAGUUCCUUUCCUGUAAUAAAAAUGUAUACAUUGUUUAUUUUAUAAAUUUCAAAAAUCUGGGUAUUCCAAGGAAAAUACUUUUAUGUGUGCAGAUUCUAUGAGUAUGAGAGAAAUAGUAGGCUGAUCUGAGGAUAAGCCUCCCCUGCCCCUUCUUGAGUAGCUGGAAAGCCUUUAACAAGGCCACAUCAGUCAGUUUAAUUACAGCAUCUCUAACUAUAGCAACCACAAACUUACUGAGUAACUUCCACGUGUGUAUCAUAACUCUACAGCGUUACAGAAUACAUGGUCUACAAAGUAACUCAGUUUGGGAUGGAGCCCAUUCGCUCCCCUCUCUUGUUAGUCUUGGCUAAAAUAAAAGAAGCAGAGUCUUUCAGCAUGAAAAAAAAAAUACCAGAGACAAAAUGAUUUAAAACUCAAAUGCUUUAAAGACGUGUUUUGAUGUUCUCAAAGAUGUUCUCUUCUUUAGAUGCUUUCAAGAUCUGUUUUAGAAAAGCAGGCCUGAUCAAAAUCUCUUGCACAAUCUGGAAUAAUGGGAUAUUGCAACCUGUGCUGCCAUCUCCUUUGAACAAUACUCACAGUUGAGGAGUCAGAUGGGAAUUUAGGAAUGCCUGGACAGCUGUUUUAAGCAGACCGUGCUCAUUCUCUGAAUGCAUCAGAAGAUGGAUGCACCAGUUAGACAACUUUACUGGACUGACGGGGGGGCGGGGGGGCUCUCACUGAAGUUACCGUAAAAGAGAAGCACAUUUAACAAAUGCACCGUGGUGAUGCUAAAGGACUAGAGCAUCUCUGCUUUGGAAAAACUGAUGCCUGAGGUCUCCAUCAUGGAAUGUCACUUAAUCAUCUUCUGUGCCACUUCCUGAGCGAUCCUGGGAGAGGAGAGGAAAAUACUUCUUUUAGUUGCAUUUUUAUGGACCUUAAUGUAACAGGUAUCUUCCUGACUCUCCUGGGAAAACGAGCUGGGAGGAAGAACAGACAGAGUGAGACUGCAUAGCUGGUUGCGAGUUGGCUUUCCUGUUCUGUUACGAAGUAUGAUUGGAACAGGUUGAGAUCCGUCCUCAUUUUCAUACAUGCAUACACAAGAGGGACACAGACAUGCCCCUAUUUAUACAUUUGCCAAAUGCUCCAUUAGGAUAAAACUAACCAGGAGGUUAAAACUACAAGAAAGGAGGUCUGGGCCAGGCAUCGGGUGGAACCUCCUGACUACAAGCCAUCCGCUACUGAGACAGGUUGCCACAGGACAUGAGUGCUUUACUGGAGGUCAUCUGCCAGAGGUUCUCUUCUGGAUCGAGCACCGAGCAAGGGACUGAACGACCUCUACGGUGCCUUCCAACUCUAUGGCUCCAUGACUCUGAAGUUGGAAAGUAUCCCAGAGAAGGCACAUCACUUCCAUACCGCUACCAAGAAAAUGACAUGGAUGUGCCCAUGGGGUUACGAGGAGUUCAGCUCAACGUGAAGGAGCCUUUUAGGUUUCUCUGAAAAGUUCACGCAUUUGCUUUGCAAAGAAAAUAACACAGAAUAAAAAAACACUCACAC